AUGAUGAUGAUGCGCUACGUGUUGUUUGUGUGUGUGCUCUGCGUGUGUUGUGCCUGCGGGUGUGCGGGGGAUGAAGUUGAAACCGUUGUUGCUACUGAUUGCACGAGCGGUGGAACUACGCAAUGCAACCCUUCACAAGAUCUUUCACCUGGUGCUGAUGUUAGUCCCGGUUUAGAAGGAGCUGCGGUUUCUGCGAACACUUGCCCAGGGGAUGGCAAGACGAUACCGCCUUGUGCGAAAGCGCUGGAAACCGUAGGUGAUAGCAAUCCAAAGGGUGGCAGUGGUGUCGGGCCGAAGGUUUGCACUCCGCCCGAGGUGGCGGCGCAGAGUGGUGAAGAUCCUUGCCAGCAAAGCGAGGAAGUAAAUGAGCGUGGAGAUGGUGGUUCUCGAAUUGGCGAAACGGCUCAUACGAACAAGGCGGCCUGCAAGGAACCUUCGGACCCAACUACUUGCACGCCUUCAUCAUCUUUGUCGUCUGUGCAAGCAACGCAAUCGCAAACUAAUAUGGGAGCCACUGCUGGUGGUGGCGGUGAUAUUGGGAACGUCCUGCUGCCAGGAGCUGGAGGACUUCCUGGUGCCCCCGGCCCUGCUGGUCCCACGGGGGCAGCAGGAGCCAAAAGCGCCGACGGGGGGAGAGAAAUUGGUGCAUCGAAUGGGAAGGCUCUUGCGGACUGCCCUGCUGAAGUGGCGGACCGUGCAAAGUGUCAGGUCGGUCCUGCUCUACAAAAAGCACAAGUGCCAAGUCAGAAACCUGGGAAAGGACUUGUUAGCGGCGGCACGUUGGACGGAAGAGGUGGCAGUGAAAUCACCCAAAGUGAUAAAGGGGUAAGGCAGGACACCCAAUCAGAAGGACAUGAUGACUCUGGUCACGCGGGAACCGCAGAUGGUGAGUGUGGGGAUGGAAAGCUUAAAGAAUCAAAUACGGAUUGCAAACAGAAGGACGAGGACAGGAGCACUCAGUCUGAUCAGCGAGAGAAAGAUAGACUCCAACCCAAAAAUACACAGGCACCCGAAGUAAAUGCAAAACCUGAAAACCCACUCGAUGAGAAGAAUGACGCCAAGAAUUCUGCUGCCUCACCACCUGCGCCAGACUCACCUGAGACUGAGAGCGCUGCUGCCGAUCGCACCAAUUUGGAGCCUGCUGAAAGUCCUGCUCAGACUGCAGUCGAGCAAAGUGAUGCCGUGCAAUCGCAGACAUCUUCCUCCUCUGCUUCUACGAGUGCCACGGAAGCCACAGGCGGCAGCAGCCAGCCGAGCAGCAGCAGUCCGUCGACCGACAAGGGUCAAGACCCGAAGGCAGCGGACAGCAGCAGCGGUCCUGUGUGGGUGCAUGCACCUCCGCUGCUGCUGCUGCUAUCUGUGAUAUGGCUGGGUGGUCUGGCUGUGACUGCUGUGUGCUGA